AGGGAGGGCGCGCGAGGGGGCGUGGCAAGGCGCUGGCGACGGCCGCCGGCGGAGACGCCUCAGCUGCUUCCGAAGACUGUGUGGUGGCGUCGAGGCCGCCGCCGCCAUGGGCGAGAGGGGCCCGCGCGAGCGAUGCGGGGCGCUCCUCACUUGGAUGCAAACAUUCCAUGUUCCAUCUCCAUGUGCCAAGGAGGAGGAUUUGUCCAAUGGGGUUACAAUUGCCCAGGUGCUGAACAAGAUUGACCCCUCCUGGUUCAAUGAAACAUGGCUGCUGCGAAUUAAAGAUGACACCGGUGACAAUUGGAGGCUGAAGGUGAGCAACCUGAAGAAGGUUCUGCAGAGUGUGGUUGAAUACUCCCAAGAUGUUCUAGGCCACCAAGUUCCAGAGCAGCUUCUGCCUGAUGUAGCCCUGCUGGGAGAGCUCUCUGACACUGCUGAGCUGGGCAAGUUACUGCAGCUGGUGCUUGGCUGUGCUAUCAGUUGUGAGAGGAAGCAAGAUCACAUUCAGCAGAUCAUGACCCUGGAGGAGUCUGUGCAGCACGUUGUUAUGACAGCAAUACAGGAGUUGUUGACCAAAGACUCAUCAGACACACUGAGCUCGGAAACAUACGGGAAUUUUGAUAGUCAGUCACGGAAGUACUACUUCCUCAGUGAUGACCUAGAGGAAACAGAUGACAUGCGCCAGCGCUGCCAUGAUCUAGAACAACAGAUCUCUAUCCUGGUGGAUGAGAAAAAUACAUUGGUGCUGGAAAACAGGACACUCCGGGAGCAGAAAAGUGCUCUUGAAUCAGAUGCUGCUGGGCUCACUGGCAAGAAGCUACUUCUGCUUCAGUCUCAGAUAGAACAGCUGCAAGAAGAUAACUUUCGACUGGAGAAUGGCAGAGAUGACUUCCGUGUGCGCUGUGAAGAUCUAGAGAGGGAGGUGCAAGACUUGCAGCACCGUAAUGAGGAGCUGACCAGCCUAGCUGAGGAAGCACAAGCACUCAAAGAUGAGAUGGAUGUGUUGCGCCACUCAUCAGACAGAGUGGGGAGGCUGGAGGCAAUGGUGGAUUCCUACAAGAAGAAGCUGGAAGAUCUGGGUGACCUGCGGCGGCAGGUCCGGCUACUUGAGGAACGAAAUACUGUUUAUAUGCAGCGCACUUGUGAGCUGGAGGAGGAGCUGCGACGUGCUAAUGCUGUGCGUGCACAGCUGGAAGCACACAAAAGACAGGUUCAGGAGCUCCACAGUAAGCAUAUGGAGGAGUCCUUAAAGUCAGAGAAGUGGCAAUUUGAGUUCAAGACUCUCAAGGAGAAGUUUGAUGCGUUGAUAAAAGAAAAAGAGAGGCUGAUGGAAGAACGAUGCCUUCGAGAGGCCAAUGAAGAACUACGAUGUGCUCAGGUGCAGCAGAAAUUCCUUAACCAGGCAGAUACCAUGCUAGAAGAAAUUCCUUCUCCUGUGGAUAACUUGGCAGCUGAAAUCAUGCCAGCAGAACUCAAGGAGACCAUUGUGCGACUACAGCAUGAGAACAAGAUGUUAUGUGCGCAGGAGCAGUCAUAUCGCCAGCAGCAGAUAGAGUUGCAGGAGCUGCUGGAAGAAUCAAAUCGCACCAAAAACCAGCUAGAGGCACAGCAAAGGCUGAACCUGCAACAGAUCUCUGAGCUCAAAGCCCAAGUGGAGGAACUCCAGCGGGCUCUCCAGGAGCAAGGAAGCAAGGCAGAAGAUGCCAUUUCCUCUCUGCUAAAAAAGAAGCUGGAGGAGCACUUAGAGAAAUUGCACGAGGCCCAUGCAGAGCUUCAAAAGAAGAAGGAGUGCCUUGAUGAACUAGAGCCCAAAGUAGACAGCAACACUGCCAAGAAAAUUGAUGAACUGCAGCAGUCUUUGAAGAAGAAGGAUGAAGACAUGAGAGCCAUGGAGGAGCGAUACAAGCGCUACAUGGACAAGGCCUGCACAGUCAUUAAAAAGCUGGAUCCCAAGCAACAGCCUCAUGUAGUUCCUCUGGAGAUUCAGGCUUUGAAAAACCAGCUGCAAGAGAAAGAUAAGAAAAUAAGCCACCUUGAGUCUGAUUUUGAGAAGACGAAAUCUCAGCAGGAGCAAGAAGAAAAGCUCAUAAUCACUGCCUGGUAUAAUAUGGGCCUGGCAUUGCACCAACGAGCGACUGAAGAGCGAUCAUCCACCCCUGCAACAGUCCAGUCCUUCUUGGCCCAGCAACGAUUAGCCACUAAUACUCGGCGGGGCCACCUUAGCCGAGCUCAACCUUUGCUGCUUCGAUAUGUUGGAACAGACAAGCCUUCUCAGUUGUUAUGAUCUGGAAAAGCUGUCUAGUGAAUGCUUUCUGGGUGCAGUAUAUCUGAGGGGAGUGAAAUCUGACCUCCUGCUUUCCAUGCAAUGGUACCUCUUUGGGAACUCCAGUUUCCAUUUGUGUUGUUGACAUUAAAUUUUUAAUUGCACAAGGUUCUUCCUAUGCCAAGCCACAGUGCUCUUGUUUGACAGGAAAGUAUACUUAUCUGUUAUAUUUUCCUCCACAGCUGGGAACUGUCACAAAGGCAAAGAUCCUGCUUGAUGGAAAGAUACCCUCAUACCACCAUUCCUUAUUUGUCCCUUUUAAAUUCUGGUGUUUAUGUCACUUCUGUUCAUACCAUGUUAAACUAUCCCUCCCCUAGGACUCUCAUCUUGAUAUGGGAUAUCCACGUGGGGUAUGGGGCUCUAUUUCUUCCAUUGCCAUUCAGAUUUUCUGUUGGAGCAGUGAGAGUAUUAGCAUCUUUCAGGUUUAUUUUUAACAGGGCUUGGAAAUUUUAUUCUUGUGGAUUGCAACUCCUUGGAAUCCUCACCCAGCCAUAAGCCAUGCUGCCUGGGGGAUUCUUAGAGUUGUAGUCCAAUAAUAAUUUUUCCAAACCUUGCUUUGUGGUACUGAAUGUAGAAGGAUGAGGUAGCUGCUUUGAUCUUGGUCUUGUGAAUGGAAUUUGACUCCCUUAAACAAGAGUUGCAUCUCUACCUGAGCCACCUCUGCCUACCCAUGACCACUUCAGUGCCCGAGGCACAUCUGACAUAGCUUUGCUGGGUGGCUUAUGACUUCCUUCUAAGAAGGGACUUGGCUUUUGUGCAAAAAAAAAUCAAAACCCUCUCUGUCUGAACACUAAACUAGCAUUAGAUUUAAGGGAACGGGAAAGAACCUGCAGUCCUGUCCAUUAACAACUGGUGUGCACAACUUUACUGUCUUCACAGCAAUAGUUAGUCUGGUGCUUUUAAAAAAGUGUUACUGUUUCUGCCAUUGAUGGUUUAUUUUUCCUCCUUGGAUCAUAUUCCCAUUCUGGGAAGAAUGAAAGAUACAGUAUCCUUUUAAAAAUUUGUUCUUUAAAGUUUGGUUUUUAGUAAGAUCAUAGUUUUAAUGCUGUAAAUGAUAUGUUUUGUAAAGCUUUCUUGUUCAUCCAGGCAGAUGUCUCUGCCUCUUUAUUUUUCUAUUGGGCAGAAACCUGGCAUAAAGUGAUGCAGGGAGAGAUGUCUGUAGAAUCUUUACACUACAAAUAAAAGACUAUAACAUU